GCGCGCUCGCUGCCCCAGCCUCCCCGGGCGGGGCCGCGUUGCCUGCUGGGAGCUGUAGUCCUCGGCCGGAAGGUGCGGGUGGAUGACGUCAGAGGAGCGCGACGAGGAGAUGGACGCCCAGCGUGCGCUGGAGCUGCUGCACAUGACCAUCUUCUCCCAGAGCGUCUCGCCCUGUGGCAAGUACCUGGCAGCUGGGAACAACUAUGGGGAGAUCGCCAUCUUCAGCCUCUCGGCAGCGCUGAGCUCUGAAGCCAAGGAGGAGAGCAAGAAGCCGGUGGUGUCCUUCACAGCCCACGAUGGCCCGGUCUACGCCAUGGUAUCCACCGAGCGGCAGCUGCUCAGCUCCGGCAACGGCGAGCUCAGGGCCUGGAACUGGAGCGACAUCGUCAAGAAGGGGUGCAAGGAAGCCUGGAGCCGCAGACCCCCGUACAGGAGUAGCCUGGAGGUGCCCGAGAUCAACAGCCUUCAGAUGAACCCCAAGGAUAACAGCAUCCUGCUGGCCGGGGGCGACUGCUCCGUGCACGCCAUGGACCUGGAGUCCGGCACCUUCACCCACGAGUUCCGGGGGCACAGCGACUACGUGCACUGCCUGGCGCUGCGGGACCAGUCCCAGGAGUGUCUGUCGGGCAGCGAGGAUGGCACCGUGCGCAUGUGGGAUCUACGCACUGGGGCGCAGGUCCAUCUCAUCGAAGUGCACAAAUACGAGGAAUGCAGCCGGCCCCAGCACGGGAAGUGGAUCCGUUGCCUGGCGACAGACUGUGACUGGAUGGUGUGCGGAGGGGGCCCGGCACUCACCCUCUGGCACCUGCGCUCCGUGACCCCCACCACGGUCUUCCCCCUGCCCCACUGCCAGCAGCACGUCAUGUUCUACCAGGACCUGAUCCUCUCGGCAGGGCACAGCCCGGCCAUCAACCACCUGCAGAUCAGCGGGGAAGUCAGGGCUCAGAUCCCCUGCACGCCCCGCUCCGUCCACUCGCUCUGCGUCAACGAGCGCUCCCCUGAGCACAAGGUGCUGACGGCCGCCGGGAGCAGCCACAAAGUCGACGUCUUCACCAACUUCAGCUACCGGGCGUUUUCCCUCUGCUUCGCGUAGCGCCCCCCCCAGCACCCCCCAAUCCCCUCCCCUGAUCCCCUCCCCCACCCCAAUCCCACACCCCUUCAGCUACCGGGCAUUUUCCCUCUGCUUCGCGUAGCGCCCCCCCAGCGCCCCCCAAUCCCCUCCCCCGGUCCCCUCCCCCACCCCAAUCCCACACCCCUUCAGCUACCGGGCGUUUUCCCUCUGCUUCGCGUAGCGCCCCCCCAGCGCCCCCCGAUCCCCUCCUCUGAUCCCCUCCCCCACCCCAAUCCCACACCCCUUCAACUACCGGGCGUUUUCCCUCUGCUUCGCGUAGCGCCCCCCCAGCGCCCCCCGAUCCCCUCCUCUGAUCCCCUCCCCCACCCCAAUCCCACACCCCUUCAGCUACAGGGCGUUUUCCCUCUGCUUCGCGUAGCGCCCCCCCAGCGCCCCCCGAUCCCCUCCCCUGAUCCCCUCCCCUACCUCUAAUCCCACACCCCUUCAGCUACCGGGCAUUUUCCCUCUGCUUCGCGUAGCGCCCCCCCAGCACCCCCCAAUCCCCUCCCCUGAUCCCCUCCCCCACCCCAAUCCCACACCCCUUCAGCUACCGGGCAUUUUCCCUCUGCUUCGCGUAGCGCCCCCCCAGCACCCCCCGAUCCCCUCCCCUGAUCCCCUCCCCCACCCCAAUCCCACACCCCUUCAGCUACCGGGCAUUUUCCC